GUGACCAGAAUUAUCGGCAUUCUCGACAGUUCCACAGCGUCGAUGACAUGCAUUAGUGCGGUCAGCUGUUGUGUAUUAUUCAAUUUCCAUCUUUUUUUAUUUCAUGAAAUUACAUGAAUUAUCCAAAAAUGAAUUAUUCGAUUUACCCCUCGAGUUUUUCCCACUGGUUUUUUAUAUUUAUUACUCUUUUUAUUGUCAAUAUCAAUGGAGCGAAAAUUAUGAAAACGUCUAUUCACUCUUAUAAGGGGUUCAAUGCAAAAUUCGACAGACCUGACACUUCAGAGGAUGCUGGCGAUGAGUCAUUUAAUCCGGAUGUCGAAUUAAUGACGCCGGAAAUGAUACGGCGAGCUGGAUAUCCUGCGGAGGCGCAUACAGUGGUAACUGAAGAUGGAUAUUUUCUGAAGAUUCAUAGAAUUCCAAAUAAAACAGGCUAUCCAAUAUUUCUUCAACAUGGCCUAUUGAGCAGUUCUGCCGAUUGGGUAAUUUUGGGGAGAGGCCGAGCUUUGCCGUAUUUACUAGCGGAUCUAGGAUACGAUGUGUGGCUUGGAAAUUACAGAGGUAACACAUACUCUUUGGGGCACACGACUCUAUCCAUUAAUUCUCAAGAAUAUUGGAAUUUUUCCUGGCAUGAACUGGGAAUCCACGAUUUACCAGCGAUGCUAAAUUAUGUGGUCAAUUACAAAAAUCAACAGGUGAUAUAUAUCGGCCACUCGAUGGGAACAACUGGGAGUUUUGUUAUGGCAGCAGAACGUCUUGAUAUGCAUGAAAAAAUUCGAUUGCUUAUCAGUUUUGCACCCGUGGCCUACAUGACACAUAUAAAAAGCCCCAUCCGUAUUUUUGCACCUUACAUCCGUGAAAUUCAACGCAUAGAACAGUACUUUGGUCUUGAUAAAUUUCUACCCCGAAAUUGGAUAAUCCAUCUUCUAUCGAAAUAUGGCUGUAAUCUGACGACAAAGGAGGAAAAAGUGUGUGAAAAUAUUAUAUUUACAAUAGGUGGAUUUGACGCGGCGCAAUUUAAUUUGAGCUUUCUCCCUGUCAUUACGAAUCACGAUCCCGCAGGUGCAUCCACUAAGUGUGUGGUUCAUUACCUGCAGGAAGUAAAUUCUGGAAAAUUCAGACAAUAUGACUUUGGAGAAGUGAAAAAUAUGGAGAAAUAUAAUGCAAUCAGUCCCCCUGAUUAUAAUAUAUCGAGGAUGUCUAUUCCAGUGGCAUUUUUCUACGGAAUAAACGAUUGGUUGGCUGCAGUCCAGGAUGUAAAACGGUUUUAUAAACAAUUACCAAAUACAGUCGAGAUUGUACAAGUUAAUCAUACAAUGUUUAAUCACCUGGACUUUCUGUGGGCCAGAGAAGCCCCAGAAUUACUAUACUAUCAAGUACUUGAUCUCAUUCAUGAUCAAAUUCAAGGGGGUAAUCAUUAAUUGACUUUUUUUUUUAAUUAAAUAAGCUUUGAGUCAUUGUCAAUACAUAAUAAAUCAAUACGUUACUUGCCACUUAAAA